UCCAGCGCGCGUGCCACAACCAAUAGUUUCUCUGACAACUCUGGCACAGACAGUGCUAUUCUGCCAGAGGUCACAAGAAGGAGGGACGGAGGGGAGUGUGUGCAUUUCAUAUACAUUAAAAGGAAAGAGAGUUUUUUUCUUGUCGUAAUUUCAAGCUCGCGUGUCACCAUUUCCUCCAAAAACGAGCCGGACUUUUUAGCGCGAGCUUCCCGGGUGCUCCACAGCAAGCGAAUAAUUGGCGCGGUCGUGGGCAUCGUCAUGAUCGUGGCGCUGGUUAUCGCAAUUCCGCUUCUGGUCCAAACCUCUGUGGUUUCAGCGCACUACGAAAUGAUAGGCACCUGCCGGAUGAUCUGUGAUCCGUACAACCCUAAACCGAGCGCCACGGCGCUGGAGGUGAUGCAGGAUCUCAGUGCCAUCCCACCAUCUUUCGCUCAAGGAACUAGAGGAGAACCGGGCCGCCCGGGCAAACCGGGACCCAGGGGUCCACCUGGCGAACCUGGUCCGCCUGGUCCAAGGGGACCACCUGGAGACUCCGGCAGACCUGGAUUUACCGGCAUCACAUCGGGGACGGCGAGGACUGAGACAGGAGAUGUUGGUCCAGCGUUAGGGAACACCAAGAUCGCGUUUUACGUGGGUCUCAAGAACCCUCACGAAGGCUACGAGGUGCUCCGGUUUGAUGAUGUAGUGACAAAUGUCGGAAAUCAAUAUGAUCCCACAACUGGCAAGUUUACGUGUCAGGUGUCGGGGAUUUACUACUUCACCUACCAUGUGCUGAUGCGCGGAGGGGACGGGACAAGCAUGUGGGCAGACCUCUGUAAAAAUGGACAGGUUCGCGCGAGCGCCAUCGCUCAGGACGCCGAUCAGAACUACGACUACGCGAGCAACAGUGUCGUGCUGCACCUGGACUCUGGCGACGAGAUUUACGUCAAACUCGACGGCGGAAAGGCGCACGGAGGCAACAACAACAAAUACAGUACAUUUUCUGGCUUCAUUCUGUAUCCAGACUGAGCUGCCACUCGCCUCGUUUCACACGGACUGUUCGUGAAUCUCCUCUCUCCGCGCGACACUCCAUUGCCAUUCCUGUCUGUAUAGUGUCGCUGGGAAUAUAAGGAUCAUCUGAACUCAGCGCCUGUGUGAGAAUUUGUUGUCUGAAUUUGUCCCUUUCUGUUUAAUGAUGUCUUGUGUUUGGCUAUAAUACCCAGUUAAACGAAACAUUAAGCAGCAAAACAUGCACAGGAUGGUGAUCAGGAUACCACAUCUAGAUGAUUAUUAGCAUAUUUGUACAGUUCUCCAAGUGAUUUUUGCUCAAAUGGAAUGAUUUUCCUGUAUAACUGCAUUUAUGAGCCCCUAGUCUGGACUUAUGCAAUUUCUGGUGUUAGAUAAGUUGGAUUCAUGUAGCAUAUUUUGGUCUAAUACUGGAUAUCUUAAGCUGGACAAGUGUAAACAGGUUUUAAGCAUUUCAGCUCCUAUUAAAGGGAACGCUUAUCUAAAAAUCCUGUCAUCAUUCACUCAAUCUCAUGGCAUUACAAACCUACACAGAUUUCUUUCUUUUGUGUAACCCAAAAAAGAGAUAUUUUGUAAAAUGUCUAGCUUUCCUCCCCAUACAGUAAAGCCAAUGGGGUCCGACAUUGUUUGGGUUGGGUAUACAGUAGAAAGAAAGUCAUGCAGGUUUGGAACAACAUGAGGGUGAGUAAAAAUGAAGGGAUUUUAUAUAUAUUUGGCUGAAUUAUCCCUUUAAAUCCUAAUUUAAGCUCUAUUACAAAUGACUGAGCAUUAGAGCAUUACAGUGUGUUUUCAGUUUGUAUUUAAAUAACAAAUCUGUGUGUGUGUGUUUUAAUGAAGUGUUGUAAUUUGGCAGUGAACUCUGGGACUUGACGUUUGACCUCACACAGGUUCUUCUGAGACCUCCAGCGGUAACACAGCUAAUACACUGAGCGUGCCAAACAUCACGGCCAAAGACAGAGAGGGGGAACAUGAUGUCUAGUCAAAUCAACCAAAUAAAGUCCACAUAAUACAACAUUUCCAACAAAGGACAUCUGUUAUUUAGAAAAUCACAUUGACCAAAAAAACUGAGUUUAGCUGCUUUUUGAUGAGUAUUUGGUGCCUGUACAUUCAGAUGUUUUACGUUCUGGUUUAAAAGAGAAGGUUAAUAAACAUCCUUA